CUAUUUUCAACCUCGAUGUGCAUCACAGCUUUGCAGGGGUUUCGGACAGAAAAAGGGAUCUGCGCCAUGGCGACUGGGUCGAGAUCUGGCAUUGACCUCGAUUGCUACCAGUACCCAUCCUUCUUCGAUGCCAAAGUCAAUCAAGAGACGGCACUAACCAGUAUCGUACUAGUAGCUUUUGGCUACUAGAGAGAAGCCUCCAGCCCAGCUAGGUGUUUAAAAGUCGACAAUCUAUUAUUUAUUUCCACCCAUUUAGUUAAUAUCUAUUGAUUGGUUUUGUUUGUCAAGAUGACGAUCGACGAGCGUCCCGAGUCGGUGGAAGAAGCAGGUGCCAUGCUGGGAGCCGCCAUUACUCUGUGUGGCACUGGGACUACUACGGUCAAUGCACCUCCCAAGGGAAUGCAUUCUUCCUUUGGAACAGUUUCGGUUCCUUCUUCGGAUCUGCUGGUGCGACUGUACUACUUGAGAGCCUUGCUCCGUGCUUCGCCACCCCAAGAACCUCUAGUGGCAGCACCCUCCCUGUUGGCUGUGCUCAUGAAGUUGCUCGGUACAUCCACACAAUUGGCCGCCAAAAACAGUAAUUCCGCAGAUGCUUCCUCACGAGGAGAAGUUCCGCCCAUGAUUUCCAAUCCACUUCGAAAAUUGUGGGUCAAUUGCGUGGUCCUGUGUCAUCGCUUGGGAGAAGGCUUGUCGGGCAGUGCUCGCACCAGUCUAUUUUCGUUUCUCAAAAACAUGAUUGCCUUGGCCGGCAUGAAUCCUCGAAGUGCCAAAGCUGGUGGUGGAGCCCGUAUUGCGGCGCUCGAUGCCAUUGCAGGACUCUUUGAAGAUGAAACAUUGGCCUCCAAAAUAUCGGGAUGGGCGCACGAUGUACUGCAGCUAUGUCUGCGGGCACUGCGAUCCAGUGGAAAUGGAGAACCGUCCUUUCGCAUUUCCGCCAUGAAAAUGGGAUGCACCGUGGCGAAAGCCUGUCGAGUGGCACAACUCAAACUCAAACCAGUAGAUGGACCUUCUCAAAGGGCAUUGCUCCUUCCAGGAGGAAUGGAAGGACCUGCAGUGGUGGAAGCCAUCAAAGUUCUAAAGCAGGCAUCCAAUGACAAAUUUCCUGAAGUCAGGUCAGCUUGUGCCACGUUUGCAGCUCUCAUGGCACCCAUGCUGGUACUACCGCCCAAAAUUAUGAGACCCAAUUCCAGAGAUCAGGAAUCACCCAGUGCUGCCGUCGUCAAUCUAGACGAAGUCAUUGGCAUUGCACUACGCAAUAUAGACGAUGAAUCUGCCGAAGUGGCCGAGGUGUGGUCCGAAGCACUGGCACGCUGUCUCUGUACAGCCAUUGAAGUGGGACAGCGAAAGGCUGAAUCCGCAAUGGCAAAAAGAGAUGUCGAAGCCGAUCAAGACGAUCCACAACCAGGGGCACAAUCAGGGUCGGCCAAUACUGGACGGAAUGCCAGAAAAAAGGAAACGGCCGUAGCACUGUGCAAGAAUCACCGAUCCGCCAUUCUAUUCUUGAUCAAAUACUUUGUCAAAUCCGGUGGGGAGCUGUCGGCACCACGUGCGGGAGGAUCCUUCUCCGUCGGAGGACGAGCGGUCCGCGUUGGGUUGGCCAAUGCAUUGGUGCAUCUACUACGUAUUCAAUCUACUUUUGGUGGUAUCGAUGACGAAAAUGGGAUUUCCAUGCCGGACUGUGUCAGACUCGUCUUGAAAAUGUCGG